AAAGAAGAAGACACUUCUCCACGCCCCUCGGUUGCUAUGUAGGUAGCGCCCAUAGUUACCACCUUAUCCCAUGAUGCAUCACCUCUAGGAGAGCUUUAGGAUACUUAUUUAACGCUUAAUAACAUUACGGACUGAAGUAAUAUUGAACUAAAACCGAGUCGUACCUUUUAUCCGUUGCCAGUGCUCCGUAUUUAAUCAGAUAUUAGCCAAGCUGACCUGAACGCGGCUAUCGUUAGCUAGCCGCAGCGGCUAACGUUAGCGUCUCGGCCCGGGGAGCGCUGUCCGCUAUUGAUGCAGACUGAAACAUAGAACUUUAAAACGGUAUACAGAAGCAAGGGAAGACGAAGUUUGGGUUUUGAAAAAGGAUGGAGAAAGAACAACAGAGUUUUAUAAUCUUCAAUGCUUCAAAAAGGGAGCUGUUCGGCACCAACAAUGGCUACAAGUCCAUGCAGAAGAAACUGAGAGCGCAGUGGAAGAUCCAGAGUAUAAAGGAAGAACUGUCUGCAGAGAGGCUAAAAGGGGUCAAGCUGUGGGUAACCGCCGGCCCCAGGGAGAAGUUCACAGCGUCAGAGCUGGAGGUGCUGAAGCACUACCUGGACGGAGGAGGAAACAUGCUGGUCAUGCUGGGAGAGGGAGGAGAAAUGAAAUACGACACAAACAUCAAUUUCCUCCUGGAGGAGUUUGGCAUCAUGGUCAACAACGACGCUGUUGUGAGGAAUGUGUACUACAAAUACUUCCACCCUAAGGAGGCUCUUGUUUCUAAUGGCGUGUUAAACAGAGAGGUCAGUCGAGCUGCUGGCAAGGUGGUCGCAGGAGUGAUUGAAGAUGAAACUGUCGGAAACAACGCCCAGGCUCUCACCUUUGUGUACCCCUACGGAGCCACGCUGAGUGUGAUGAAACCUGCCGUGGCUGUUCUUUCAACCGGCUCGGUCUGCUUCCCCCUCAACAGGCCUGUCCUGGCCUUCUAUCACGGAAAGGAGUCUGGCAAACUGGCUGUUUUGGGUUCUUGUCACAUGUUCAGUGACCAGUACAUAGACAAGGAGGAGAACGGUAAAAUCAUGGUGGUUGUGCUUCAGUGGCUUAUGUCUGAAAACAUUCAGCUGAAUCAGAUUGAUGCAGAGGAUCCAGAGAUUGCGGAUUACACGAUGCUGCCAGAUACCGGGAGCUUGUCAGAACAGCUACGAGUUUGUUUACAAGAGGGAGACGAGAACCCUCGGGAUUUCACCUCCCUUUUUGAUAUGUCUUUGUUCAAUUUGUCCACCGGCAGUUUACCAGAGGUCAUAAGUGCUUUUAAGCAGCUCAAUGUGAAACAUGAGCCUCUUCAGCUCAUCACGCCACAGUUUGAGACACCGCUGCCUCAGCUUCAGCCUGCGGUCUUUCCACCUGCCUUAAGUGAAUUGCCUCCUCCCAUGCUUGACCUGUUUGAUCUCGAUGAAACGUUUUCCUCUGAGAAAGUACGCCUCGCCCAACUUACCAAUAAGUGCACUGAUGACGAUCUUGAAUUUUAUGUACGCAAAUGUGGGGAAAUUCUGGGUGUGACACCAAAGCUGGAUAAGGAGCAGAGGGAUGCCAAGCACAUCUUGGAACACAUUUUCUUCCAGGUGGUAGAGUUCAAGAAACUUAACCAGGAACAUGACAUCGACCCCGAGGCACGAUUCACUCCACUCUGAUUGGAACCAUCAUGUUAGACGUUUUCCUAAUGGCUUCUACAUAAACCCCAUGGUGAUCAAGACUGAAUGAUUUCUGUGGCAAACACUACGUAUUCAGCAACGUUUUAUGUUACUUUCUAUUUAAUGGAAACAUGUAUACAAAUAAAAGCAUUUACUUUAAUAAUUUCUUAGAACAAAAAAAGAAAAAACACUUUAAAGUGUGUUGAUAUUUUGGAAGCUAGUCCUUCCACCACGUUUUCUGCUGGGGGAAAUCAUGGGGAAACCUCAGGCAGCGACUGCUGCUGGGGUUUUGGACUCCAUGUUUGUUCCUGAGUGCUGGACUCCAUGAAGACCCUGGGGCUGUUGCUGCUCUCAGAUUUGAUCAUAGAGACAUCCCAAGAGACAUUCGAGGCCGUGAGAUCGCCAUACGACUGGUCAAAACAUGUGGCAUUUUUGGGCUUUUUGAUGUGCACCUGAGGUGUGGAGAACUUCCCCUGCAGAGGGAUGCAGAGGUUACAGUUGUUUGACUCCUUCACGCCGGGUCCAUGAGGUGAAAAACCCUCACAAGGCGAAAUGGCAUCAGAUGAAAGGCAGAGGGAAGCCAGGAUGGAUGGCCUGCGGUCGAAGCCGUCAGCUGUGGUGUUGUUGAAAAGCCGGGAUGUAGACAGCUGGUCCAGAGACAGAGCAGACAGCAAACUCUGUUCCCCAAAAAACUUCCUAUCCAGCUCUGACGGGGAGGAGCACUCAAAGCUUGUCACAUCUGGAAAGCAAAACAUUCGGAAUAAAAAAGGUGACCUCUUCAGAUGUAAAUUGGGCUGUGUU